AUAUGGCGGAUGUUGAGUUAACGAAAGCAUUAAAAGAUCUGCCAAAUCGAGUUCAAACCGCCAGUAAAAACGAGCGGCGAGAGAUUCUACAAAAUGUCGUCAAUGUGUUGUCAAAUCCUGGCAUCAACGAGAAGAUUGUCAAUGGAAUUUGUAAAACCAUAUCUCUUACUUUACAUCGAUAUAAGGAUACAGCCUCCCAAUCAUACGUGAGAAAUCUAAUUGUGGAAUUGUUGAAGAAACAACCAGAUGCUACCGUAAAACACAUGACAAACGUCAUUGUAGAACAAGCUUCGUGGCAUAAGAAUAUAGUUCCUACUUUGAACACUGCUGUGACCGCAUACCUUGCAUUGAAAUGGUCGACCUUAAUUAUUCUGUACGGAUCUAAAAACAAUGCAGAUAUUAUAGAAUUGCCAAAACUUGUCGAAGUGCAAGCGAAUCUAAGCGCAGCAGCAUUGGCGACCAUGGAUAAGAAACUGGCGGAGAAAGUGUAUGUAUUGUUAGCGCAUCAGUGGUCAAACGUUAAAGACAUAGAAACCGCAUACCUGGAUGCACUGAUUAAACUGGAAGUUGGAAACGGUAUAAUUAUUCUUGCAAGUUUACUUACUAAAUACUUAGUAAAUGCAAAAAAAAGUGAGUUGGUGGGGAAAUUAAAGGCAAACAUUAUAGAUGUUUUUAUAAAGGUGACUAUUAGUUGCAAAAAGAAGCCAGAUCUCUAUGUAGUCCACACUGCUGUACCUCUUCUACGUAGAAUAUCUCACGACGAGUUCAAAAAUCAGUUAUUGCCAGCUUUGCAAAAAGCAAUGUUAAGAAAUCCAGAAAUAAUUAUUGAGUCUGUUGGUCACAUUUUAAGCGGUUUAAGUCUCGAUUUAAGUCAGUACAGCCAAGACAUAAGCAAAGGAUUAUUUGCGAAUCUGCAUUCUAAGGAGGACUUGGUUAGAAACGAGGCUAUCGGAGCUUGCCGUAGACUCGCUCUGCAAUGUUCAGACGCUACUGCUUUGGAAAACUUGUUGUCAUCCGUGUUCGCUGUGUUCCACGGAUCAGAAGGAAAACUUACGGUUGUAACUUACAAAAUUUCUGUUUUGCAAGGAGCUGGUAAUCUCAGUUAUAACGCAGCUUCUGGUAGCAGUGUUCAAAGAUUGGCGGAAACCGCUUGCGAACAUUUCAUCAAAGUUUUAGAAACCGAAGUUCACGAGAAAACGUUGAUCCAUGCUCUUGAAAUGAUGGCCUUGUGGUCCAACAAAUUUGCAAAAAGUGUCCCAGAAAGUGUAGCAGACGCGUUCAAAGAAGGUAUGGCCGCAAAGACGUCGACACCCGCGGUGCGUACUGCUUACAUAAAAAUUUUUUUUUCUGCGCCAGUAGUUUCUUAUUCUGGUACAAUAACACCAUUACUCCUACAAGCAAUAACCAGAGCUAUGCAGCAGUGUACACAGCCAAGUGCAGUAACAGAAGGUUUGGUAGCUGCAUACUUGUUGCUGAAGUUCGUUCUUGCCAAUCAAGUGGAAAACGAGAAACAAACUAUACUGUGGAACGCAAUCGAUGAUCAAAUAUUUUUCUCUGAGAAAUUUCUGACAACAUGUGGAGACGAUAUUCUGUAUCAUCUUAUGUUGCUUUGCGAGAGACUCAUUACAGAAUUUGCUGAUAAAUUGAACGAGAAAGCCUUGAACGGUGUUCAUAGAGCAAUCAUAAUAUGCGCAACAGCUCCAAAGGCAAACAUAAGAAAGUGCUGUUUUCCAUUUGUUAAAAAGAUUGUGAGUGGUUUGAGCACGUAUGCACCUGCGCAGGAGCUCCUAAGAGAAUACAAUAAAUUUUUAGAGAAUGUUAAAAUUAAAUCUGAAUCCGAUAAAGAAAACAAGGAAGAUUCUUCUGCGGGGGAAAUAACUGGCAGGUGUCUUGCGGAUGGAUUGCUUGCUAUUUGUUCUGGUUCUUUUCUGUUCGAGUUACCAGCUAUGCAAAUGGUGAGAGACGCAUUAAUACCAGCUCAUCAUCCUGCAAUCUUUAAAGCAAUGCCAAACUUAUGGUUCAAAAUUGCAAAGAACUACAAUCUAGUACCAAAAGAUUUUUUAUGUUCUUACAACAACGAAAUAAAAAAAAUGCUUAUACAAAAUUAUAAGCUCACUGCUAGUUACGAGAAUGCCCUGGCGAGGGUAGUAUCGAUAAUACCGGAUAUUAUACUAUCCGCAAUAAUAUCGAACGUUACGAGUAAACUAAACGAUCCAGAAAUUUUAAAAGUCACUAAAGAUGAAUAUUUCACUUACCUUACCCCGGAAGGAGAGUUGUACAACAAAAGUGUUCUGCGUGCAAAUGACGAAAACGAUAUUCUCAGUUCCAUGAAUAUGAAAAGGGAGAGCAAGGCGUAUUCGUUCAAGGAACAGCAAGAAGAGCUUCAACUGAGACGCGAAUUGUACGAAAAGAAAAAGAAGGAAGGAAAAAUAAAGGAACCAAAAUUAACACCCAAGCAAGAAGAAAACCUCAAGGCGCAAAUCGCAAAAGAAGCCGCAAUUCGUAAAAGGCUGAUCGAAUUGAAACGCAGAAUCGACGAUGCAGUAUCUCUGAUCACAUGUUCAGCACGUGGCAAUCGCCAAGAACUCUCCUUUUACCUGAAAGAUCUUCUGCCACCAAUCUUGAAAAAUUUGGGAUCACCGUUAGCCGCACCUGCCAUGUCUGAUCUUUUCAUUAGCCUGAAAAAUGUUGUGAAACUAGGUAAUAAUCCAAUCUUAAAUGAUUUGGUGGCACAUGUUACACUGCGACAACUAAACCCGCAGUGUGAUUUGGACCCAGAUUGGGAGGAAGAGAAAGUUCAUGUCGCUGUGAAAAGAACAUUAAACCUUUUACACACAACCACGAUAAAACAAAAAGUAUUAUUCACGGCUCCUGCUUUUUGUUAUAUCUUCCCAUUUAUUAAGAAAACUUUGUUACUAUGUAAGGAUGAUAGUAUGAUCGUGCAAGGAUUGCAGAUAAUACAGGAGCACGCUAAGCAAAGGGGCACCUCUGAUUUGAGGGAUCUAAGACAUCCACGAUUUCUUCCACGUAAACACAUGUUCGACCUGCUGAUAGAGCUGAUGGAAAUUACAACUGGAAGGGUACAGACUCACGCGAUUGCAACUUUUUUAGACGUGUCUCAGUCCGGAAGUGGUCAACCAAACACCGCAAUAGCAACCAGCGCGGAUAUAGAUUCUCUGAUCGGUGCUUUGCAAAAUUCUUUGUCCACUAUAAGAGAUGCAGCCCUAAGAGCAUUGCUAGUCGUGAGGCAAGCGUUUCCAUCUCAGAAAGAGGAUCCCAUUCAAAUGUUGCACCUAAUCAGGAGGAUAUGGAUCGCCAGGUUCGACGUCUGCGACGAAAAUAAAAUUCUGGCCAACGAAUUAUGGAACGCAGCUGAGCUGGUAGCACAGGCAGACGUUCUCUCCGAUGAGCUCAUUCAAGACAUUGCACAUCCUGUAGAAUCUGUACAGCAAGCUGUUGCUUGUGCCUUGGCACAGUGUUUGACCAACGUUCCACACUUGGUGUCAGGUGUUCUGGAUCGUUUGUUGCAGCUCUAUCAGGAGAAAUUAACUAUGAUCCCACCGAAAUUGAACGAUUUUGGCCGCGUGGUCGAGCAGCCCAUCGACACGUGGGGCCCGCGACGAGGCGUUGCGCUUGCGCUGGCACAGAUGGCGCCCCUCCUCACCGCCGACACGGUACUCAAGCUUGUUCAGUUCUUCGUCUCCACCGGUCUGGGUGACAGGAACCAAGCUGUCCGCACCGAGAUGUUAACCGCCGCUGUGGCCGUUGUGGACCUCCACGGGAAAAUAAACAUCACUUCUUUGUUACCAGUUUUCGAGGAUUUUAUGGACAAGGCUCCAAAGAUAGGCAGCUUCGACUCCAUCAAGCAGUCGGUGGUUAUUCUCAUGGGAUCCCUGGCUAGGCACUUGGACAAGGAUGAUCCACGCAUUAAACCCAUAGUCAUGCGUUUGAUCACUGCUCUGUCCACCCCAUCUCAACAGGUACAGGAAGCUGUGGCCAAUUGCCUCCCUCAUCUUGUACCUUCCAUCAAGGAGGACGCUCCAAAAAUUGUAGACAACUUAAUGGAUCAGUUGUUGAAGUCAGACAAAUAUGGGGAUCGCAAAGGCGCUGCUUACGGGCUAGCAGGUAUAAUCAAGGGUAUGGGAAUACUCGCUCUGAAGCAGCUUGAUAUCAUGACCACGCUGACCAACGCCAUCCAGGAUAAGAAAAACUAUAGGCAUAGAGAGGGAGCAUUGUUUGCCUUUGAAAUGUUGUGCACGAUGCUUGGUAGGUUGUUCGAGCCUUAUAUCGUCCACGUGCUACCGCAUCUAUUGCUGUGUUUCGGGGACCCUAAUCAGUACGUUAGAGCGGCCACAGAUGAUACAGCUCGCGUGGUUAUGAGCAAACUCUCCGCUCAUGGGGUGAAACUUGUUCUUCCUAGCUUGCUAGCUGCGCUGGAAGAAGACUCUUGGAGGACCAAGACCGGAUCUGUGGAAUUGUUAGGUGCAAUGGCAUACUGUGCACCUAAGCAACUGAGCAGUUGCUUACCAAGUAUAGUUCCAAAGCUCAUCGAGGUACUCAGCGAUUCUCACACCAAAGUUCAAGAGGCUGGCGCUGAGGCUCUAAAAGUGAUUGGAAGCGUGAUUCGCAAUCCAGAGAUCCAAGCAAUCGUGCCAGUUCUAUUGAAAGCUCUACAAGACCCGUCCCAUAAGACUGCCACUUGUCUUCAAACGUUGUUGGACACUCAAUUUGUACAUUUCAUCGACGCUCCAUCCUUGGCUCUCAUUAUGCCUGUGGUGCAAAGGGCAUUUCUAGACCGCUCGACGGAAACGAGAAAAAUGGCUGCUCAAAUCAUUGGCAAUAUGUAUUCUUUAACAGAUCAAAAGGAUCUAACUCCGUAUCUACCGACUAUUAUCCCUGGCUUGAAGACCAGUUUGUUGGACCCCGUACCGGAAGUACGAAGCGUGUCUGCGAGAGCUUUAGGUGCUAUGGUGAGAGGAAUGGGUGAGUCCAGUUUCGAGGAUCUGCUUCCUUGGCUGAUGCAAACGCUCACGUCUGAAACAAGCAGCGUGGAUCGAUCGGGAGCUGCACAGGGUCUCUCAGAAGUCGUGAGGGGACUUGGCGUUGAAAAGCUUCAUAAACUUAUGCCAGAAAUUAUCAGCACAGCUGAGAGGACGGAUAUAGCUCCGCACGUUAAAGAUGGCUACAUCAUGAUGUUCAUUUACAUGCCAAGCGCGUUCACCACAGAGUUUACACCUUACAUUGGACAGAUCAUCAAUCCUAUCUUGAAAGCUCUGGCUGACGAGAACGAAUACGUGCGCGAGACAGCGCUCAGAGCAGGUCAGCGUAUCGUCACUCUUUACGCCGACUCUGCAAUAAUGUUGUUGCUACCAGAACUGGAGAAGGGUCUCUUCGAUGAUAAUUGGCGUAUUAGGUAUUCGUCGGUGCAAUUGCUCGGAGAUUUGUUGUAUAGAAUUUCGGGUGUGUCUGGAAAAAUGUCGACAGAGACUGCAAGCGAAGACGAUAACUUUGGAACAGAACAGUCGCAUUAUGCUAUUAUCAAUGCUCUCGGCGCUGAAAGACGAAAUCGCGUUUUAGCGGGAUUGUAUAUGGGCAGAUCAGACGUUGCGUUGAUGGUGCGUCAGGCUGCCCUUCACGUGUGGAAGGUUGUCGUAACGAAUACACCGAGAACAUUAAGGGAAAUAUUACCUACACUGUUUACUCUUUUGCUAGGUUGUUUAGCUAGUACAAGUUACGAUAAAAGACAAGUGGCGGCGCGAACCUUGGGAGAUCUUGUUAGGAAAUUAGGCGAAAGAGUGUUGCCAGAGAUUAUACCAAUUCUGGAGAAAGGUCUGCAAAGUGACCAGGCUGACCAACGUCAAGGUGUGUGCAUUGGGUUGUCAGAGAUUAUGGCGAGCACGAAUAAGGACAUGGUGUUGACGUUUGUCAUCAGUUUAGUCCCAACAGUGAGAAAAGCAUUGUGUGACCCGCUACCAGAGGUUCGCCAAGCAGCAGCGAAGACUUUUGAUGGUUUACACUCUACUGUAGGAGUCAGAGCAUUAGAUGACAUAUUGCCAGCGAUGUUAACGCAGUUGAACUCGCCGGAUCAAGCAGAAGCGGAGAACACUUUGGACGGUUUGCGUCAGGUGAUGGCGAUUAAGUCUAGAGUCGUCCUGCCGUACCUGGUGCCUCAGUUAACCACGCCUCCGGUCAACACAAAAGCAUUGUCGAUCCUGGCGAGUGUCGCGGGCGAAGCAUUGACCAGGUUCCUUCACAAGAUCCUGCCAGCUUUAUUGACUGCUCUCUCCAGCGCUCAAGGAACACCAAACGAGGUUCAGGAGUUGGAGUACUGUCAAGCUGUUAUUUUAUCCGUGGCUGACGAGGUUGGCGUCAGAACAGUCAUGGACCAACUAAUGGAGGCCACGAGAGCGGAGGAUCCAUCCAAACGACGAAGCGCAGCAACGUUGCUGUGUGCUUUCUGUCGAGAUACUCGCGCUGAUUAUGGACAAUAUGUUCCACAGUUAUUGCGAGGGCUCAUUCACUUGUUUAUGGAUGACGAUAAGGAUGUGCUACAAAUGAGCUGGGAGGCGCUCACAGCUGUUACUAAAACUUUAGCGUCCGAGCAACAGAUCGCUCAUGUUCAAGAUAUCAGACAAGCUGUUAGGUUUGCAGUGUCCGAUUUAAAGGGGCAAGAAUUGUUGCCUGGAUUUUGUUUACCUAAGGGUAUUACACCGAUUCUUCCGAUAUUCAGGGAAGCCAUAUUGAAUGGUUUGCCAGAAGCAAAAGAGCAAGCAGCUCAAGGUCUAGGAGAGGUUAUAAAGUUAACCAGCGCGACAGCGUUGCAACCCAGCGUGGUGCACAUUACUGGCCCGCUGAUUCGAAUUCUUGGAGAUCGGUUUAAUUGGAGCGUGAAAGCAGCGGUUUUAGAAACGCUCGCUAUUUUACUUGGCAAAGUUGGAGUAAUGUUAAAGCAAUUUUUACCACAACUGCAAACCACUUUCUUGAGAGCUCUAAACGAUAGUAACAGACAAGUGAGAUUAAAAGCUGCUUAUGCUUUAAGUAACCUUAUUAUAAUUCAUACACGUGUUGAUCCAUUGUUCACAGAACUUCAUACUGGCAUAAAGACCGGUGACGAUCCAGCUAUUAGGGAAACAAUGUUACAAGCUUUGCGCGGUGUGCUCACGCCCGCUGGCGACAAAAUGACAGAACCAAUGAAAAAGCAAGUGUUUGUUACUUUAUGUAGUAUGCUCAGUCAUCCGGAAGACGUUACGAGGAACGCUGUAGCUGGUUGCUUUGGAGCUCUCGUACGAUGGCUUAGUCCAGACCAACUCGCCAUUGCGUUCAAUGAUCACUUGUUGUGUAUUGACACUAACGUUGACUGGAUGCUCAGACACGGACGUUCCGCAGCGUUAUUCGUAACGCUGAAGGAAUCCCCAAAAACAGUAUACAAUAGCAAAGAGAAGGAUCGUGUUAUCGCGGUAAUACUCUCGUAUUUAGCAGCAGAUCGAGUACAAAUAGUAAUGAAUGGCGUACGAGCUUGUGGUUAUUUAUUUCAACAUCUCAUGAACGAAGGAGAAUCUAUACCUCAACAAAUCUUAUCUCCAUUCGUGAGGUCAAUGAACAACAACAGCAACGACGUGAAACAGUUACUGGCUAGAGUUUGCAUACAUUUGGCUCGUAAUAUAAUACAGCCUGGGAAAAUGUCACCGGAAUUACUUAAAUCGCUUGUACCUAUGUUAGUAAAUGGAACAAAAGAGAAAAAUGGUUACGUGAAAGCAAACAGUGAACUUGCCCUUAUAGCAGUACUUAGAUUGAGGCAAGGUGAAGACGAACAUUUGCGUUGCAUGGCGUUCUUGGAUGUCGGUGCAAGAGAAUCCUUAUCAGAUGUAGUCAGUAAAGUAUUACGUAAGGUUCUUUCUCAGCCCGAAGGCAAAAUAGAAGAAUUAGACGAUACUUUACUCACGUGAGAGAUAUUGUACGUCCUGGGGCUCAUUAUGCGCUGCAUCCGUUUUAAUAAUCGUACUAUCCAUCAUUAUUCGAUCGAAUUUUAUAAAGAGACUUUCUGUUCGUGUAUUGGUUGCAUUUUAAAGAAAUUAGUUCACUCAACAUUGUAUCUUUAUAACCGAUUAAACGCCGUGAAAUGUAACAAUCGCUCGGCAGCAUUGGAGUUACUUAAUCUAAGGUGUCCUGUACGUCGAACGAUUCGAAUGGCAAUUGUAGAUAAUUCUAUAAAAAAUGUUUUCUACGGUCGAUCUAUUAAUAAUAUGAUUUUUUACAAUUUCAUUGUCGUUAUAUCGAGUUUAUACCAAAAAAGGCGCACGCUUGCAAGCGAAACGAUAGAUGGUAAUAAUGGGAAACGUGUCGGACUUGGAUACCAGAAUGAUGAACAUAAUUUAAGAAACGAAUCAAAUUUAAAUGGUAUUGUACAUUCGCGAUGUAUAUUCAUUUCGUAUUCGAUAUCUUGCAUCUUUUGGUAUCUUUUGUGCGUGUUGUCGUUGAAAAUAAAUGAUCUUCGUUCAUGCAAAAGGCCGAGAAUAUUUCCGCGGGAACGCGUGGUUAUUUUAUUUUACUUUUUAAGAGAAACAAUAUGUUGAUUCAUUUUUAAUUUAAACAUCGCCGGACUGAACAAACUAAAUACUUUGCUAUCGAGGACUCUAACAGUGCCGCGCGCUUUAUUGUCACAUGAGCGUGUUGCACUGUCUUGUAUCGUAGUUCCAUACAUUGGUAAAUAGUUUAUAUUUUAGAAUUACUUAUAGAUAUUCUUAAGUCGGCUUAAGACGUUCCAUACCGACGCGAUACUUCUAGAUCUGUCAUCAAUGCGUCUUCGUCCCGGAUCGUGCUUCUUUAUUGACACAAAGUUACAGCUUGUUCCUCAAUUUUCGCAAUCAUCAGACAUUAUUCGUAAGUGUACGUAUUCUGUACAUACAUCCUAUUGUAUCUUAACAAUUUGGCGGACAAAAUGUGGGACUUUGUACUUUUAUAUGUAACUUUUGGAAAGCUGCAUUGUACAUUUGCUCCUGUAAUAUCAAAUCGAGUCUUCAUCUUGUUUUUUAAGCACCUUGGAGAAUACUGUUUAUCGUAGAACAGUUAUACAGGGGGUUCCCCUGGGAAAAAUUUUAAUGGGAGAUUCUGCAGGCCAAA